GAUUCAAUUUAAAUUAAAACUCAAUUUACUUUUCGGUAAAUUGUGUUUUAAUUUAAAUUGAAUCAUAAAUUUCUUUUUUAGAAAUACUCGUUUUGAACAAUAUUUACAGAAUAUUGAUCAUUCACUUGAUUUUGUUAGUGAAGCAUUAACAACUGGUUCAAAAACAGCAUUAUUAACUUCGAAUCGUGUUAUGAGUAAACGACUAGAUCAUUUACUUCAUCAAAAUGCUAUUUGGUCCAAACCAGUUAAUCCGUUUCAAUUAACAUUUAGUCCUUAUGAUCCGAAAAAUAUUCGUUCGACAAUAACUAGUCUUGGUACGUUACAGGCUGUAUGUCGUUGUGGUGGUGAACUUGUUUGUUGUGAUGAAUGUCCGCGUGUCUAUCAUGUUGAUUGUCAUGUUCCAUCAUUAAAUGAGGUUUCAAUGAAUGAUAAAUGGAAAUGUGGUUUAUGUUGCGAAAUAAAUAAUUCAACAGGACCAUUAAAACGUAAACAUGAUGAUACUACUGACAAAUUGCCAUCAGUCGAAAAACAAAUAUGUGAAAAAUUAAUCUUACAAAUGUAUACACAUCCAUCUAGUGCACCUUUCCAUCAACCAGUACCAGCUGAUUGUAUUGGUUAUCAUAAAAUUAUUACUCGUCCAAUGGAUUUACGUACAAUUAAAGAAAAAAUCAAAUCCUAUGGAAAUAUGAGUGAAUUUUUAGCUGAUGUUCGUCUAAUGUUUCAAAAUUGUUCAACAUUUAAUAGACCUGAAUCAGAAAUUGGAAAAUCAGGUCGUACAUUGAGUAAAGCAUUUGAAGAAUGGUUAGAAAAAUAUUAUUUAAAUAGUCAAAUUCCAAUACCCGAUCGAACAAAUAAACGAAAGAAAACAUCGAUACAAAUGAUAGAUCAUGUAUCAUAA